UUAGUUUCAUCAGUAUCACGAACUCAGAAUUGACACAUAAAAUAUAAUCUUGGAUAAAUUACAAGUGAAUGUUCGGACUAUACUUAUAUUCUGAAUUACAAAAUUCAUUUUAAAAUGCAUUCAUCAUCAAUGUCUCUAUCUCUUCCUCCUCCAAAUUGUUCACUACUUAAAAGAUUACAUAAAAAUCAUGUUGAGCAAAUUUCUGUUAAGCCUUUAAAUGUUCCAUUUUGUGGAUUACGAAAGGAGGUUUUAGCAUUUUCUUUUUCGCAGCUUAAAACACGAUGUGAGACUCAGAGAGUGAGGAGUUUUUUCAGAAAUAACAUUGUAUCAGCUUCAGUGGUUGAUAAUGGCAGUGCUCCUACGUCGUUUGAUUAUGAUUUAGUUAUAAUUGGUGCUGGUGUUGGUGGUCAUGGUGCUGCAUUGCAUGCUGUGGAGAAGGGUCUUAAAACAGCUAUCAUUGAAGGAGAUGUAAUCGGCGGAACUUGUGUAAACAGAGGUUGUGUUCCUUCUAAAGCACUUCUUGCAGUUAGUGGUAGGAUGCGGGAACUUAAGAAUGAGCACCACUUGAAGGCUUUGGGUUUACAGGUUUCAGCUGCUGGCUAUGACAGACAAGCAGUGGCUGAUCAUGCUAAUAAUCUUGCCUCAAAAAUUCGUAAUAACUUGACAAACUCACUAAAGGCACUUGGUGUGGACAUUUUGACAGGAGUGGGCACUAUAGUGGGUCCUCAAAGAGUCAAGUAUGGAAAAGUUGGUUUUUCCGACAAUGAAGUUACUGCAAGGGAUAUAAUCAUCGCUACUGGUUCUGUCCCUUUUGUUCCUAGAGGCAUUGAGGUUGAUGGGAAGACUGUGAUUACCAGUGACCAUGCUCUCAAACUGGAGUUUGUCCCUGAAUGGGUAGCUAUAGUAGGAAGUGGUUAUAUUGGACUUGAAUUCAGUGAUGUGUAUACCGCACUUGGUAGUGAGGUUACCUUUAUUGAAGCUCUAGAUCAACUUAUGCCCGGAUUUGAUCCUGAGAUUAGUAAGUUAGCUCAAAGGAUUCUGGUAAAUCCAAGGAAAAUUGAUUAUCAUACUGGAGUUUUUGCAACGAAGAUCACCCCAGCAAAGGAUGGGAAACCAGUUGUUAUUGAGCUAACUGAUGCCAAGACAAAAGAACUAAAGGAGACUUUGGAGGUUGAUGCAGCUCUGAUUGCAACUGGUAGAGCUCCCUUCACGGAAGGUCUAGGCCUGGAAAAUAUUAACGUGUUGACAGAACGAGGUUUUAUUCCUAUUGAUGAGCGCAUGAGAGUUCUUGAUGCUGAUGGAAAAUUGGUCCCUCACCUUUACUGCAUAGGUGAUGCAAAUGGUAAAAUGAUGCUUGCUCAUGCAGCCAGUGCUCAGGGAAUAUCUGUUGUCGAACAAGUCUCUGGAAGAGAUCACGUGCUUAACCAUUUGAGCAUUCCAGCUGCUUGUUUUACUCAUCCUGAAAUCAGCAUGGUGGGCUUGACAGAGCCACAAGCUCGAGAGAAAGCUGAAAAGGAGGGAUUUGAGAUAAGCAUUGCAAAAACAAGCUUUAAGGCAAACACAAAGGCGCUGGCAGAAAAUGAAGGGGAAGGAAUUGCAAAGUUGAUAUACAGACCAGACAACGGGGAGAUUCUUGGAGUUCAUAUCUUUGGUUUGCAUGCUGCUGACCUCAUUCAUGAAGCAUCUAACGCCAUGGCAUUGGGAACGUCCAUUCAGGAUAUAAAGUUUGCGGUGCAUGCACAUCCAACAUUGUCUGAAGUCCUUGAUGAACUAUUCAAAUCAGCUAAGGUAACAAGUCACGACCUUCGGUCACUUAGUGAACCAGUUGCUGUCUAAAUUCCAAAGCCUAGAAGUUCUGAGGAAACUACUGCAUUACCGAUCUUGUUAGAGCUCAUCUUCAAAAAGAGCAUUGAGAUGUUACAAGGAUAGAUUUGGAUGACUUGCUGCAACUCAAGCAAGUGGCAAAUGGCUUUCCAUACUGAUCCCAGGGUGUUUUAUUGAGGCCUUGGGUGAUAGUGUGGUGAAGUGCACAUCAACUUUCGAACUAUUGCUGCACCCAGAAGCCUUUCUUCUCAUAUAAUUUUUACGCUAUAUAUGAAGAUGAACUGUAUUGUGAUUACUGAAUAGACGAGGCUCAUUGGCUCUGCCUGUAUUUGGUUUAUGCUUUGUAUUGAUAGUCUGUGUAAUUGGGGAUUGCUUUCCCAUCUUUCCUUCUCAAGUGAAGGUCCAGUAAAUUACUGAAAGAUUGGCACCAA